GCUUUCUCUUUUUCUCUCCACUAGGGUUUUGGCCAUGGAAGGUUUCUAUCCGGUGAUUGUUUGUGUUCUUUGUGGGUGUUUGCCUUUUGAUUUCCAAUUUUAUAUUUCCAUGGGACCUAGCUAUGGUGGCUGGAGGAGGGGUUAAUUAUGGAAAUUGGUUUUGAACUCUGUUAGGUUGAGAAAAUGGAGGUAGUAGCGGAGGAGGCGGAGGGCGAAAGGACAGCGGACAUGGGCAUAUCUUGUGGAGCUCAGCGUGGAGGGCAAGAGGCAAUUAAUUGGUUUGGUGGUAUGUGGUGGCUACGCGAUGGGUUGUUUGCAGCAAAUCUUGAUGGCUUGGAGGGAGGGAGAGCGGUGGCUGACGACUGUCCUGAUCCUUUUGGCAACGACGAAUGUUCGGUGGCGGCGGUUACCAAUGGAUUGGAUUGGCUCUGUUUCUGGAAUUUUUAGAUUUGAUAUGAUUCCGAAAAAUCAGUUGAAUGCAAAUUGAAUUCUUUUUAUUUUUACGGCAAUUGAAUUUAAUAAAGGAGAGAUAAAUUA